GGGUAGGUCGUCACUAGGAAGCGCCGGCAAGCUGUUCAGGCCGAGAGGAGGUGCCGGUUGUCACCUGAGUUCGGUGUGUGUCAGAUCGCUUUGUCUUCUCCUCAGCCCGAUGGAUAUCAUGAAGCAGGCGCCGACCUUCCGCUAUCCGGAGACCUUUCGUGAUGAGAGUGCGGUUGAUGACUACCAUGGUGUAAAGGUGGCUGAUCCAUACAGGUGGCUUGAAGAUCCCGACAGUGAUAAGACAAAGGCAUUUGUUGAAGCUCAGAAUAAUUUGACAAUGCCUUUUCUUGAGCAAUGUCCAGUUCGAAAGCUAUUUAAGGAUCGGAUGACAGAACUCUAUGACUAUCCCAAGUAUAGCUGCCAUUUCAAGAAAGGAAAAAGGUAUUUCUAUUUCUACAAUUCGGGUCUUCAGAAUCAAAGAGUAAUGUAUGUUCAGGAUUCUCUAGAUGAUGAACCAAGAGUAUUCCUGGAUCCUAAUACAUUUUCCGAAGAUGGAACAAUUGCUCUUCGAGGCUAUGCUUUCACAGAAGAUGGGGAGUAUUUUGCCUAUGGGUUAAGUAACAGUGGCUCAGACUGGGUAACCAUCAAGUUCUUGAAAGUUUGCAACCAGGAAGAACUGCCAGAUGUUCUGGAGAGAGUAAAAUUUAGUUGCAUGUCUUGGACCCACGAUGGUGUUGGAAUGUUUUAUAACCGUUAUCCUGAACAAGAGGGAAAAAGUGAUGGUACGGAAACAUCCAGCAACCUGCACCAGAAGCUCUAUUAUCAUGUCCUGGGAACAGACCAAUCUAAGGAUGUUUUAUGUGCCGAGUUUCCAGAUAACCCUAAAUGGAUGGGAGGUGCUACGGUCUCUGAUGAUGGUCGGUAUGCACUAUUGUCUAUCAGUGAGGGCUGUGAUCCGGUUAACCGUCUGUGGUAUUGUGAUUUGCACAAGCAACCAAAUGGCAUUAAGGGUAUUCUUUCAUGGGAAAAGCUCAUAGAUAACUUUGAUGCAGAAUAUGAUUAUAUCACAAAUGAAGGGACUGUCUUCACAUUUAAGACCAAUCGUAAUGCCCCAAAAUACAAGCUAAUUAACAUAGACUUCAGUGACCCUGUGGAAUCCAGGUGGAAAGAACUUGUUCCAGAGCAUGAGAAGGAUGUAUUGGAAUGGGUGGCCUGUGUUCAUUAUAAGUUCCUCGUUGCGUGCUACCUCCACGAUGUGAAGAAUGUCUUGCAGCUGCAUGAUCUUGCCACUGGCCACCAUCUUAAAACGUUACCUUUGGAUGUUGGCAGCAUUGUAGGAUACAGUGGUCAGAAGAAGGACUCUGAGAUUUUUUACCAGUUCACGUCAUUUUUAUCACCAGGCAUAAUUUAUCACUAUGACCUGACCAAAGGUACAGAAGAGCCAAAAGUUUUCCGGGAAGUUACUGUCAAAGGUUUUGAUCCAUCGGACUACCAGACCGUACAGGAGUUUUACACCAGCAAAGAUGGAACCCAGAUACCUAUGUUUAUUAUCCAUAAAAAGGGUAUUGUUUUGGAUGGUUCUCACCCAGCAUUUCUCUAUGGCUAUGGAGGCUUUAACAUAUCCAUCACACCAAGCUACAGUGUUUCCAGACUUAUAUUUGUAAGGCACUUAGGUGGCAUACUUACUAUUGCCAACAUCCGGGGAGGAGGAGAAUAUGGAGAAACCUGGCACAAAGCUGGCUGUUUGGGUAAGAAGCAAAACUGUUUUGAUGACUUCCAAUGUGCAGCUGAAUUUCUGAUUAAGAAAGGAUAUUCCUCUCCUCAGAACAUCACCAUUAAUGGAGGAUCAAACGGUGGCCUUUUAGUAGCUGCCUGUGCAAAUCAACGUCCUGACCUUUUUGGAUGUGCGAUUGCUCAAGUUGGUGUUAUGGACAUGCUGAAAUUCCACAAGUUUACCAUCGGUCAUGCUUGGACCACAGACUAUGGCUGCUCCGACAAGAAGGAACAAUUUGAGUGGCUAUACAAGUACUCACCACUUCAUAAUAUUAAAGUGCCUGAUGAUGGAAAACAGUACCCAUCCACAUUGCUUCUCACAGCUGACCAUGACGAUAGAGUUGUCCCUUUACACUCUCUGAAAUUCAUAGCCACUUUACAGCAAGUUGUGGGCCAAAGUCCGAAGCAGCACAAUCCCCUCUUCAUCCAUGUAGACACCAAAGCUGGCCACGGGGCAGGAAAGCCAACUACUAAAGUGAUUGAGGAGGUUGCUGACAUGUUUGCCUUCAUUGCACAAUGCCUGAACCUAAGUUGGAUAGAAUAAAUGAAAGUGAGCAAGUUUCCAUUUUUAUACAAGGGCUUUUAUGUCGGAUAAGAAACAUCAAUGUGAUUUCCUAGCACAUCUUUUAAUCUAUCCUUAUUACUUGAGGUGAAUGAUAAAAUUGGAAUUAUGUGGGUAUCAGCAAAUGAAUCUUUGUGUUACAAUGUGUUUGAGUUUUAUUCAUGGUGAUACUGUAACUUUGUAAGCAUAUUUUGUCCACACAACAUAUAUGAAAUUGAAAUCAUCUAAACAACAAUGGUGCAUAUCAAAUAAAAUGAUUACCUUCCCA